UAAAAGUGUGUGCGUUAAUUUUGUUUCCUAUUAGAGGCGCAAAAGAAAAAAAGGAGAAAUUAUUUUUUUGUUACUGUAACCCUGUAACGAACUGUCAAAAUCAGUUGUUGGAUUGAGUGAGGUGAAAGGUUGACGAAACUCGCAACAAGUUUCGUAAAAUCUAGUUUUAUCAGUGAUAGUGUGUGAAACGACCGUGCGCACGUAUUAGUAUUAAAGUGUAUCAGCACAUAUGUUUUAAAUAUAAGAAUUAAAUUGGCUUAUAUCUUAUAAAAGUGAUAAAACAUGUCUAAAUCAGUGCUGUGUUUCGUGAUCACAGUACUUUGUUUUGCAUCUGUAAACACAAAAAAGAAGUUAAAAUUUUACGAGGAAAAGAAUUUCCACGAAGCUCAAGAGUUGUCAGAUCAAAAUGUGAGGGAUAUAGCGGCAAUGUCUGACAUGAAUCAUUUCAAAUCAGUUUUAAAUGAGAUCCUGAUUCCAAGAGUUGUGGGUACUCCUAAUCAUGAUAAGGUCAGCAACUACAUAUCCCAACAGAUGCGGGACUUAGGUUGGGAGGUCACGGAGAAUGUUUUCUCAGAUACCACACCUGUGUUUGGCUCAUUGAAUUUCAAAAACAUUAUAGCCAAAUUAAAUCCUAAUGCUGACAGAUUCUUAGUGCUAGCAUGCCAUUACGACAGCAAAUAUAUGAGGGAACAUGUUUUUGUAGGUGCAACGGACUCUGCGGUACCAUGUACUAUGAUGAUAAACUUGGCCAAAGUAAUGGCGGAACAAUUGGAGCCGUUUAAAAACAAUCGUUUAAGCAUAAUGUUCAUUUUCUUCGAUGGUGAAGAGGCAUUUAGACAAUGGGGUCCUAAUGACUCGAUCUAUGGGGCCCGACAUUUAGCGAAGAAAUGGCAGGGCACUGAAUACAAAGAUGGGGCCAAUGAACUGCAGAGAAUGGACGUGAUGGUGCUCCUGGAUCUCAUUGGCUGUCCAGACCCAGUGUUCUACAGUUACUUCCAGUCGACGGAGAAGUGGUACGUCCGUCUGGCUGUUGCGGAGCAAAGAUUAGCUGAACUCGAUCAGUUCCAGUCCUACUCCAAGGGAAAGGCAGAACAGACCUACUUCAGGCUCAGGAGCUCUGGAUCCGUCAUAGAAGACGACCACAUACCCUUCAUGAGGAGAAAUGUGGAUAUUCUGCACGUGAUCCCGUCUCCGUUCCCCAGCGUGUGGCACACCCCUGGCGACGAUCAUUCCGCUCUUGAUUUCAACACUAUAGAGAACUUGAACAAAAUAUUCAGAGUAUUUGUGGCAGAGUACCUCCACAUCAAACCGAAGUAGCGACGGUAACAAAUAACUCGUUCCUAAUAAUGUCAAUGCGAAAUCGAUGUACCUAAAAUGAAAUUAUAAACAUAUUUAUGCCAUAUUUUAAUCUAUGUAUUGUACGUAUAUAAACUAUUUGUUUCUUAAUUGUGUUAGUACUAUAGUUACAAUUAAAUGUUUGGAAAAGUAAUGUUAUACUACACCGUCUUCCUUUAUUGUUUAACUUUAAAGAAAAAAAACAAUUGUUCAUAACUUCAGACUGAUCUUCACUCGCAGUAGAGGUUUGAUAAGAUUAUAAUUAAGUAUAUUUUAUUCAAAGCAUCUUAAUACCUAUUUAUGUAAUUUAUAAAGUUUUUAUUUAAAAAACAGGUUAGCUACCUAUUUUUUUCUUCUAACAUUACCGCAACAGCCUAGAUGCCUAGAUUAUUUUAAAUCAUUAGACACGUAUUUUUUAUUUUCUUACAGAAACGAAUACUUUCGACGAUAUAUUGAUU